UCAGAUUUGCAGAUUGUUCAACUUUCAAACCCCUUCUCUUCUCCCACACCCAUAAAUCCACACUCUCACACACAAACACAAACAAAAACAAAACCAGAGAGAGAGAGGGAAAAAAAAAAAGAGGAAAAAGAAGCUGAAGCCAAACAGAACCCAACUCCACAUUGCUUCAAUUUGGAGCUUCAAUUGCCAUUCCAAAACUCAUUACUCUCAGAAGGCUCAGCCAUGGGUGAAGAAAUCAAGAAGAAUGAAGAAGGUGAAGAUCAAAAGAAGGAAGAAACCAAACAAGAGAAAAAUGAACCAACUGAAUCAUCAGCAACAGCAGCAACAACAGAAGAACAAAAGAAACAAGACAAUAAGAAAAAUGAAGAAGAACCACCCUCAGAAAUUGUCCUCAAAGUUGAUAUGCAUUGUGAAGCCUGUGCCAGAAAAGUCGCCCGAGCCCUGAAAGGCUUUCAAGGAGUGGAGAAUGUGACAACAGAUAGCAGAACAGGGAAGGUGGUAGUGAAAGGGAAAGGAGCAGACCCUUCAAAAGUGUGUGAGAGAUUACAGAAGAAAAGUGGCAGAAAAGUAGAGCUAAUUUCACCAUUGCCUAAACCUCCUGAAGAACAACCUAAAGAAGAUGAUAAACAGCCAAAGGAAGAGAAAAAGGAAGAGGCUCCUCCACCUCCAGCAGUGAUAACAGUGGUACUGAAUGUUCAGAUGCAUUGUGAGGCUUGUGCUCAAGUUUUAAGGAAGAGAAUCAGAAAGUUCAAAGGUGUAGAGUCUGUGGAAACAGAACUAGCCAACAAUCAGGUCAUCGUAAAAGGCAUUAUGGAUCCGACAAGGUUAAUCGAUCAUGUGUCAAAGAGAAGCAGAAGGCCAGCUUCCAUAGUAGUGAAGGAGGAAGAAAAGAAGGAAGAGGAGAAGAAGGAAGAGGAAAAACCAGCAGCUGAAGAGAAAGCAGAGGAGAAGAAAGAGACACGAGAAGAAGAAAAGGAAGAAGAUGAUAAGAAGUUUGAUAUCAAAAGGUUUGAGUAUUGGCCAUCAACCAAAUAUUACACCGAGUAUGCAUAUGUCCCUGAAAGGCUUUUCAGCGAUGAGAAUCCAAAUGCUUGUUCAAUAAUGUAGACUGCAAUUCCAUUGUGUAGUUGGCUCAAUUUGCCCGUCGUUUUGAACCUUCUGAGAUACUUUGUAAUUGUGUAAUGCAUGCAAAGGUUAAUGGUUAGUAUUAAUCUUUCCCAUGACUUCA